AUGACAAUAAUGUGGUUCGACAACCUGCCUCCAAGAUCGACAGCAAGCUUUAACGACCUUGCCAAAAAGUUCCUCGCCAGGUUCUCAAUUCAGAAAGAUAAGGCCAAACAUGCUCCAAGCCUGCUAGGAAUUAAACAAGGAGAUCGAGAAAGCCUUCACAGUUACAUAGAAAGAUUCAAUAAAGCAUGCCUUGACAUACAAAAUCUUCCAAUAGAAGCGGCUAUCAUGGUACUCAUCAAUGGCCUAAGAGAAGGACCCUUUAGCCACUCCAUAUCCAAGAAGCACCUAACAACUCUAAACGAGGUUCAAGAAUGGGCAGAAAAGUACAUCAAUAUGGAGAAAAAUUCCCGAUUAGGAGAAACCUCAAAGACCGGACUCUCCUACCCACCUCGGGACAAGGAAAAAGAGUCCAGAAAAAAAGAGGACCAACCUACUAAGAAACCUAGGAAAUACCACAACUAUACCCCUCUUCGGGUGUCCCUCAUGGAUGUCUAUCGAGAAGUGUGCAAUACUGAAAAGAUCCCACCCCUCACCUGA